GUUUAAAAAAUUUCCCGACUCGUAGAUACGGCAUUGAACACACACCGGAAGCCGAGGAGUUCUUCACGUUCCUUAGUAACGUCUCAUACGAUAACAUGCACGAGACGCCUUAUUACGACAAAUUCCCGGCGGCGAACUGGACGGAUGUCCUGUACGAUUUAAAGAAAGACAUUUCUCCGAACGUUCUAAACGUGAACGAUCCUAACGAGACUUGGGUAUGGACAGAAAGGGGUCUCUGUUUCGCGACGAGAAGCAUGACAGCGAAGUUCUACUCGAUGGAGAACUGGAGGAAGCAGAACAUGCCGUGGCAAGAUGAUCCAUACAGUUUCCCACAAUAUUCACCAGACAAUAAGAUUUUAGAAAAGUUUCGCGUAGAGCAUACGUCCAUGAUCAGCAUAGUGGAACCGUUAGAAUACCUCAUCUUCGAUAAUCCUACGAAACUGAUAGAAUCAAAAAUGCUGCACUCCGCGAUUGUACAGACAUACAAUGUUGGAAUGCAGGAGGUCCACAAAAGACUCAGUGUCAGGCAGAGGGGAUGCAAAAUGAUAGUUGACGGGGGUUUACCAGCGGUACCGUUCUACUCGGAAAACGUCUGUUACGCGGAGUGCAGAAUGCGAGAGAUAUUAAAGAAAUGUUACUGCCGUCCACACUUCGCUAAACCGAUCGGCAAGUAGAGAAUUCAGUACUUGGAAAGACGCAUUCUUCUUUACAAUUUUUACAUAAAUGAAUAUCGCAGACGGGCAGACGACGUGCAGCGCGGCGCAACUU